AUGAUCCUACCAAUAGUAUGGUCUGCAAAAUUACUUGCUUGGGGUUUGGCAGAUAUGGCUACAUUUUGGUACAAUCCAACAGCACUGCUUAUACUUGCUGCAUUGCCAUUCAUAGACUUGGAGAAAUUCCAAGACUCUCACAAGACACAAGUGCUCUCUAAGCUUUAUGAUGGUCGUGUGUUGCCUAGUCUGCUAUACUUGAGACGACAAGUGCGUUUGACCCUAAAGGGGAAGCGAGUGCAGCAAGGAUCUAGUAGUAGGCGCCGAAGGUGCUACUGGUUGGCGAAUGCAAAGCGCGGGAAAGCGCAGUCCUCUGUCAUCCUUGGUGGUAUGGCGCCUAAGCGCUGUCAUGCGGAGCCAAAGCGCUACCGAGUAAGGGAACUUGGUGGACAGUGGAUAGAUGCUUCCGGAUGGCUGGCGCUAUAG